AUGUCUAAAUGCAUUUUUGGGAAAUAUUCACUUGACUAUUUGGGGCACAUCAUCACAGCUGAAGGAGUAAGUGCUGAUCCUUCCAAGAUUGAGUGCAUGAAAAAAUGGCCACUUCCAAAGACUAUUAAAGAUCUUAGAUGGUUCCUUAGCCUCACAGGUUAUUACGGGAAAAUUGUUCAAGGAUACAGCUCCAUCAGCAAGCCUCUGACAAAUCUUCUCAAGAAAAAUGCAUUGCAUUGGAACCAGGCUGCUACUACUGAAUUUGAGAACCUUAGGACUGCCAUAAGAAACACUCCUGUAUUAGCACUUCCUGAUUUCACUAAACCAUUUGUGGUUUAA